UAUUGACUUGUUGAGAGUUUGAGUCACGAGUUUAUCUAAAGAUUGACUGAUCUUGUAUAGUAUGGCUAAUGAUGAUGAAGUUCGAGAUCCUUUGAUCAAUACAGUCAAAGACCCAAGGUUUGCUCAUCCUCAUCCUCAGAUCGCUCCUGGACUUUAUCGACAUAAAGAUGUCAGGACAUUCAAAGUUGAACUUUCUACGGCAGAACAAGAGAUUUACGAAUCUGUUCAUGUGAAUCAAGAUGUGGCAAAGCUGUGCAGACGAAUAGAAAUGUCAUGGGAUGUUCUCUACCGAACAGAUGAAGAUUUUGGCAUUGAAGUAUACUCUCUCUUUUGUCCAGAAAAAGGGCGUCUUGAUCUGAACGAGAAGAUUAGCUUUUAUUAUGGUGAUAGGCGUUAUCAUGCUGAGGUCAUGCAGGAUGCAAUAUUACUUCUAGCCGAAGCAACUGAAACGAUACCAGAAAGAGACUCUCAAAGAGUGCCAGUUGUACCUACUGAAGAACAGAGACACAUGGACGGAGAUUCUGAAAUAGUGGGGAUUGAAACAGUUGAGGAGCAGAGACAGACUAUUGCUGGAGAGCAGAAUGGGGGCAUUAAUACACUUGCUAGUAUUACUAACCAGAGAGCACUACUAUGGAUAUCUUCUCUUGCUUGCCUUUACCAUGAUGAUUCUAGAUGGACCAAGAUAUUUGCUAUAUUUGGUCGGUUUGUUAUUGCUGCCUUGAUGCUGCUAUAUGUAGCAUAUAUUGUGUGGAAUCCAAAACUUCAUCACUUUUGGUCAAUUAAUGGUAACUCCUGGGGUGACAUGUACCAUGUGGUUGAAGGUGCGUACUUCUUUUUUAUGUAUCUAGUUGGCAUUCGCUUGUUUUCCUUACGUCAUAUGCAAGAUGUAAUUGGUAAAUUACCUCAAACAGUUGUGGACGACAGGUGGCCUGAAAUCAACUGGUUUGUAACCAAGUGUGCCGUUUGUGGAUUUCUUGUCAUUUUUCUUCCAGCUGCUGUCCUUAUUCCAGACUUGGUAUAUCCGAAAUGUCACCAAGGUUUUGAUAGUGAAGACAAGCAUCUUGUUAACAUGACAGCAUCAGUGGAGUACACGUCUUACUUCAUAUUUUCUUUUGUUAAUCUACCAGUGUUUCUGUACAUCUUAAUGCUUGUUAAGAAUUACAUCACUUCAAUUGAUAGCUACAAGACGUGGUUGCUCAAUAUUGCUACUGAUGUUGAUACAGCAUAUGAGAAGUUUCGGAAAAUUCAACGCCUUAUUAGGGAUUCAAGCAAUGUGCUACAUUGGGUGUUGUCACUGAUGUUUUUGCUUCAGUUGGUGUUUAUUAGCAUGAGUUUGUGGCAUGCUGUCUAUCGUUGGGAACUUCAAUUUGGCAAUGGUACUUCAACAGGGUGUGCAUUGCCACCAGAGGCAUUUCGAUCAACAUUAAUAACACUGACACAUCUUCUUUGCGUUUACAUUUUUCCUCUUUAUUACAUUUCAAAAAUACCUCAACAGGUAAGAUUAUUGCUGGAAGACAUUCAUUUAUUUGAAUGUAGGGAAGAGGUGCUCAUUAGAGACGAACGUGUUAAGGCUCAAGUUAUUGGAGUAGUGCAGUCAGGAUUGAAGAUUAUUCCACGAUUCACUGUUUUUAGGAGAAUCCCGAUUUCGAAACUGUCUACUGCCAUCAUUUUAGUGUUGGUAGCACCUGUUUUAACAAUUGUAUGGGCAACUGUUUUUAAGCGCUAAAACACUGGUUUUGAAAACAUGUAUGUAUUACGUACUGGUUGCUAAAACAUUUGAUCAGUCUGUUUUGCUUUUUCAAUAGUGCUAGUUGCUACACUGUACACUGCUGUGAAGUUGGAUUAAUAAUAUUUGCGAUAUGUGUGUGAAUCAUUUAAGUACA